AUGGGGAUCACUAUUCUGCCUCCCAUAGCAGACGACAUCAUCCUUCGUCAAGAUGAUUCCGACGAUUCAAUGUCCGUUGAUAGCGACGAAGACGUCGAAAUGAGCGGCUUGCGGGCACCGAAGCGGGCCCGCAUUGGGAAUCAGACCUUGUCAACGGGCGUGGUCACACCAGGUGAAGUUGUUACAGAUGAUCCGCAAUGGAUGAGAGGUCACGGCACAUAUAUGACCCCUCUAUCAACCUCGAUCAUCGCUACUGUUGCUGGUACUGUUCAAAAGACCAAUAAGCUUCUCUCCGUACAUCCACUGCGUGCCCGGUACACGCCCGAAAUCGGUGACCUGGUCGUGGGUCGCAUUGUCGAAGUUCAAUCAAAGCGAUGGAAGGUCGAUGUCGCUGCUCCGCUGCUCGCCCAACUGCCUUUAUCCGCCAUCAACUUGCCUGGUGGUAUUCUCCGUCGACGUACAAGCUCCGAUGAACUCCAAAUCCGAACAUUUUUCAGUGAGGGCGACCUUGUAGUUGCCGAAGUACAGAGCGUCCACCAAGAUGGAUCGGCGUCCCUCCACACACGCUCACUCAAAUAUGGAAAAUUGCGCAAUGGUGUCUUCCUUGCUGUAACUGGUACGGGGGGUAGCGGGGCGUCAAGUACCACAACCAAGGGUGGUGUGGGUGCGAAUUCAUUACGUCCUGGAGCAGGCAGUGGAAUGGGCGGUGUUGUGCGAUCACGCCGUCAGGUGUGGACUGUGAACACGCAUAAUGGUGGUGGUGAGGUCGAUGUCAUCUUGGGAGUAAAUGGGUACAUUUGGAUUUCCAAGCACGCCGAUGGCGCGGCCGCAGCCUCGUCCGCUACAGAGAGUGUGUCCAUCACACGUAUGGAGGAAAUGGUUUCUACGUCCAUCUAUUCCAGCCAGAAUGACGAGAUCAUUCCACAGACCCGUCGGGAGAUUGCUAGAUUGGCCCAGUGUAUUCAAGUCCUCGUUCAAGGUGGCAUUCGGGUCGACGAGGAGACCGUGAUGGCCGCCUAUGAGGCUAGCCUGCAGGUGGAUCUUGAGGUUGGUGAUGAUGAUGAUGAAGAUGAGGAAACGCGGCAUGAAGGACGGGAAUAUCUCGAGGGUGCUAAAUCACGGCGCAUCCUGGAGCUUGUUGUUCAACAGGUCAAAUGA